GUGUCUAUUUUGUAGAGGGAAAGACAGUGGUCCAUCAGAGACUCAGCUGACGCGGCGCUGCUGCUCCAGAGGGAGGGGCUGCAGGAGUGAGCAGUGAAUCUAUGGAUGGCACUGCACCAACAUCAUGACAACCUGCUCCAACCUCCACCUCGCAUCUUUCUGUCACCAUGGUGACAGGCCGUGUCCAAACCUCGACUUUGUCGUCAUGGUGACCGCGUAGCACGAACACCCCUUUAACUCCUUUGUUCACGUAAAGCCUCAUCAGGUAACAGGUCUCAAUCUGCUGCCAUGGCGACGCUGUAGAGAUGCCCCACCAAGACCAUUGUGUUGCUAUGGUGACACUGUAGCUCGCACAUCUGUUAGUCGCCAUGGGAACGUCCAAGAUGCUGCGCGUGUUUGUUGUCUUGGGCUCUCUCUUCAUGAUCCUCUUCAUAAUCAUCUACUGGGACGACGUCGGGGCGUCCUAUCUGUAUUUGCACACGCACGUCUCGCCCGGACCCAAGACCUCCGCCCCGCCUCCGCAACCCAAGCCCAAGACGUCUCAGAUGCCCUCUUUUCUCUCCGACAUCGACGCCUUUGUCAACCAGUUUUUGGAACCAGGAAGUGAUGAGCCCACUGACCCGGCGCCUGCUGAAACGGGCAACCAAUCAGAGAAGGCAGAGGAGCGUUACAUUCCCCGACAGGAGUGGAAGGUUCACUUGACCCCGAUAGCGCCGGAGCUCCGGGAGAGACAGGAACAGAGACGCCGGAUGCUUCAAGAAUUCUGCAUCAACGACAGCCUGACAUUUCCGGGCAAAAACCGCUCCUUCGACGACAUUCCAAACCAAGAACUCAAUCACCUCAUUGUGGACGACAGACACGGGAUUAUCUACUGCUACGUUCCCAAGGUCGCCUGCAGUAACUGGAAGCGCAUCAUGAUCGUCCUGAGUGAGAGUUUGCUCCAUGAUGGCGUCCCACAGAGGGACCCCCAGGCCGUCCCGGGGGAGCUGGUGCACAACACCAGUAUGCACUUCACCUUCAACCGCUUCUGGAAACGAUACGGAAAAUUCGCCAAACAUCUGAUGAAGGUGAAGCUGAAAAAGUACACCAAGUUCCUCUUUGUGCGGGACCCGUUUGUGCGUCUCAUCUCGGCUUACAGGAAUAAAUUUGAGCUUAACAAUGAGCAGUUUUACCAGCGUUUCGGACAAGUCAUACUGCGGCGCUUUGCUAACCAGCCCACGCCCCCUGCGCACGCUGACGAGGCCUUCUCUCAGGGCAUCCACCCUUCCUUCGCCCACUUUGUGCACUACCUGCUGGACCCUCAGACUGAGAAGGACCAGCCCUUUAAUGAGCACUGGAGACAGGUGUACCGCCUGUGCCACCCGUGCCAGAUCCAGUAUGACUUUGUGGGACACUUGGAGACAGCGGAAGAGGACGCCGAGCACCUCCUGAGACUGCUCAAAGUGGACAACGUGGUGGAGUUUCCCAUCACGGCUCGAAACGUCACUAACAGCAGCUGGGAGACCGAUUGGUUCCGCACAGUGCCCCUAGAGGCCCGGAGGAAACUGUACAAGCUGUAUGAACCGGACUUCAGGCUUUUUGGCUACGAGCGUCCAGAUUCGAUACUCAACGAGUGAUUCUGCAACGUUUAAGUUUACUGCUCAGAUAAAAUGACAAACUAAAUAUUUUAUACUCUCUGCAACAGUGACACAAAACCAUAUUUCUUAGCUGGGGUCAUUUUCGGAAAACACAUUAUGAUUUUGAACCACUUACAAAGUAUUAGUUUUGUAUUUAAAAGUUCAAACAUGGCGUGAUCAAACUCCCACGUUAAUUUCAAAACGCUGUAGCUGUAUUUGAUGCAAAACUUAACUCCACAACAAUUUUAUGAGUAUAGCAAAGCAUUUCUUGAACCUUAUUCCCCGUCUUAAAACAGUCAGCGAAAAGUUUAUUAGCCCCAGUAUUAUAAAACCUAUUGCUGACAUUUUAUCUUGAAACAUUUUAAACUGAAAUUUUGUUCAGUACACGCAGAAAGACCUGAUGAAAUUGUAUUUUACUCCACAAAGCAUUUAAUUUCCUGUGUAGCAUUUAGCUGAUGUAGCACAAAAACUAAUCAAAAACAUGUGAAAUAUCCGCUGCUCGCCCAUGUACGUUCAAUAUUUUUUGGAAAAGAGUCUAUUCCGCUGCGCCUUUUUAACACUCACACGCAACUACAGACAGAAACAAGGUCAAAUCUGUAUCAGAAAACACAGCACAGUUUGCGGGAGAUGAGAUAUAAGUGCUUUGUGCCAAACGGAAUAAUCACAGUCGAUUAGAAACAGCUGGUUAUCUGUAAGUGAAGAGCAGGAGGUGAGCGUGCCCUGCCCCGGGCGCCACGGUCGUGCUUGUCCCUUUAAAUGUCACACGGCGUCUGACUGUAACUGUAUGAAGGAUAAAACACGUACGACACAAAGCUCCAGCUGCUGAACUGUUCAAACACGAUGCUGUUCCAACCGUGGGAAAUGUAGUUGCACUAAAACAUCGUAUUUAUUUCACACGUGCAAUGAUCACCCUGAGCACAAAAGGGUCUCUGAUAUUUUUAUGUUUUUUUUUUUUUUUUUCCAGUGAAACAUAUCCAUAUAACACGUUUACCACAACAAACCUGGUGAUGUAUUGAGCCUGAUACAUGUGGUUUGUGCAUGAAGAGAAGAUUUGACUCGUGUAGUUUUUACAGCUCGAGCGGAGACAUUUCAGAGCAUGAUACGAAUGCCUCAUUGUAGCGUCGUCUUUUAGUAGCUCCAGCAAAGGCCUCUGCAGCUGGAUUUGUCUGAGCUUGUUUUCAAGGCUGAAUUUUUACAUUUUUGGUUUUGGUUUCAUCUCAGCGAGCCCCCACAGACUAAAAGAACACAUUCAGUUGUUUUUGUUUUCAUAGAAUACAUCUCGUAACAGUAAAGGGGACCACUGGAGACUGCAGAAGUGUUUUUAUCACCAAAUUUGCAUAAAAAGGGUGUAUUUUUAUUGAGAAAAAAAAAGUGUUUUCGAGUAUGUGCAAUGCUACUGUGUUGUAAUGUAGUCACUCCAAUAGAAUAGACUUAAACUAGCACUUAAAACGUAAAGUAACAGUUAAAGUUGAUGUCGAUGAAACGUUUGACUCGUAUCACAAAGGUCUGCGGUGGGUCGUACGGUCAGACGAUGGGCAGAUAAAGGAAGUGCCUUUGGAUGCAAAAGUUUACACAGGAUAGAGUAUUUUUGUAGAAGGACUUCAUUUUUACUCUGUAUCAGCCACAGGAGGUGUUUGGUCCAUGGGCCUUGUGGUUACAAAAAAAAGAGAAGAACAUUUCCUUUAGUUUUGUAGUGUUUCUUGUUGUUGGACAUGUACUGUACCUGAUGUCAGACGCUCUGUGCCGCGGUCCGCCCGUCGCCCUGGUAACACUGUCGUCUCUAUGCCUUUGUUGAUCUCGUGUAAAUCGUGAGACGUUUAAAUGUAAUGAUCCGAUGAGAUGCAUUCAGACUUUUACAUUUGCGCUUCAUCUGCAUUUGUUUUGUUUUUUUCAAUCCUGACUUUUUCAUUUUUAUUUUAUCUGUUGCCGUCACAUAUCUGCCUAAAACAAAUCAAACCAUAUAAACUGUUUCUUAUUGUCUAAUAUAAUUUUAUCGCAAGACAAAAAAAAUAUCUCAGUUUUGCUGCUGUGGACAAAGGGAAAACGUUUUGAAACAUGAAACGCACAUUUGAAUGAAGUGACCAGUGUCAUCUCUGGAAACCUCCUUUACAUUUUAAACUUAUGGAUCUUUAUCAUCUGGACAAUUUGUAUUUGUGGUUUUGCAUCAAGGAGAAAUAAAGGUUGUGGGCAUGAUGGAAGAG